GAAUGCUAAGUAAGGGCUGAGUUUAGUUUUAAUUCUGAUUUGGCACUGGUUGGUAAGCGGAUUAAAAGUUUCAGAUUUUAAAAUUUUUGGUUGCCAUGAAUAUCGACAAUCUUAACAACCUUUCUCAGAUAUCUCAAGGAUCCUCUCAAGAAUCUACUACUGACAAUAAUUUUUACAGUUGCGAUGUUGAAGUAGUAAGCAGAACAAGGGAUCAAAACAGGAUUGUGCAAGGACUAAAGGCCAAAAUUAUUGUUCUAGAGCGGAAACUGGUGGAUGCCGAACUGAGUUGCGAAAACCAAAAGGAAAGGAAUGAUCUAUUUGCACGCAUAAUUAAGGAUAAGGAGGAUAUUAUAAGGACCUUAAAUGUUUCGAUCGAGUUGACUAACAAAUUCAAUGACUCGAAAAUGAAUCAGAUGCAAAGCGAAAUUGAUGAACUAAAAAAGGCGCUCGACAUAAGCAACAAUCAGAAUACAACUAAGUCCCCUGAAGAUAAAUUUGAAAAACAAAUGAAAAAAAUCCAUCCGAUUCCUGGCCUCAAUGACUUUCAAGCAGUUUUUCAAGAUAUUCCCUCCGCCGGUUCUGGUUGGAUGGUAAUACAGCGACGUAUCGAUGGAAGUGUCUCCUUUAGCGAGAUGCAGUUAGAGCAUGAUUUUUGUUAUAAAACUGGAUUUGGAAAUAUUGCAGGAGAAUUCUGGCUUGGUUGCGAAAAGUUGCAUUUAUUGACUACAAGUCGAAGACAUGAAUUGUACAUUCAAUUGGUCGACUUUGAUGAUUGCAUUACCUUCGCUAGAUAUGAUAACUUUUCGGUUGGGAGCGAAAUCGAAGGAUACUCCGUAAAGUCCCUUGGCUUAUACUCUGGUAAUGCUGGCGAUGCAAUGUCGGGUUCUCUGAACAGGAAAUUCAAACACUACGAAUGUUACUAUUCCGGCUUGGGAAAACUUCUUCAUUGGUCUUGGUGGAUUGGUUCUCAAUGUAAUUUAAAUGGAUAUUACCAUUCGUCCAAAAUCGUUCUUACUGACACAAAUGGAGUUUGGUGGGGCAAUUGGAAUAACCGGGGAAGAAGCUCUCUGAAGUCAUGUAAAAUGCUGAUCAGGCCAAUGCUAAACUAAAUAAAGCUAAUACACAAAUGCAAUGAAAAAAAAA